AUGUCCCCACGCGAUCCCAUCUCCAUCCCACUAUUCGCCGAAACGCAACUCCAGUUGCUUCUCAACGAACACGAAGCCGAAGUCGCAUCUUCCUCCCUCGCCACAACCGCCGCUUCCGUAUCACCGUCAACAAGAAGAACGCUCCAAGCAACAGGCUACGCUUUAACAGGCUUGGUACUGUCGCAAUGCCGCACAGGUCUUGGAGGUCGGGUAGUUGGUGAAUUCGCCGCUGAUCCGGCUAUCGCAUCCUCAGAAUCCACGGACGGACAGCCACGGCUUGGGUCUCAUGGAAUCCGGGUUGGGGAUGUGGUUCGCGUGAAUGACGUUGCUGCGGGGGCUGCAAAGAAGGCGGCCAAAGAGAAAGGGAAAGACGGCGCGAAGGAUGGCGCGAAAGGAGGGCCUGAAGGUGUUGUAACAAAAGUUAAUGACAAAGCGGUAUGGAUUGCUUUCGGGCAGCAGGGAGGCGGGGCACGUUCGAAAGAGGAUGAUGAGGCUGUUGAAGAGUUAUGGGGCAAGAAAUUAUGGUGUAUCAAACUCGCCAACGAUGUUACGUAUAGACGAAUGCGACAAACUAUGGAGAAAAUGGGAAAGAUGACGGAGUCUGACCAUUCGCAUUUCAUGCGUGUGGCUUUCGGUCAUACCACCCCUUUACAGCCGGAGAAUGAGACGGACUCAGUCGAAUUUCUUGACCCGACGCUUAAUGACUCGCAAAAGGACGCCAUUAAGUUUGCGCUAGCUUCGAAAGACAUCGCUCUGAUUCAUGGCCCACCCGGAACGGGAAAGACACAUACUCUGAUCGAACUCAUCUUGCAGUUUGCACAACGCAAGAAGCGAAUCCUUGUCUGUGGCCCUUCAAACAUAUCCGUCGAUAAUAUUGUAGAACGAUUAGCCCCGAAGAAACUCCCAGUUGUUCGAAUUGGGCACCCAGCACGUCUCCUCCCGUCCGUCUUGGAGCAUUCUCUCGAAGUCUUGACACAAACCUCUGAUGCGGCGAGUAUCGUGAAAGAUGUACGUAAAGAGAUGGAUGAGAAGCAAGCAAGUAUUCGCAAGACGAAAACUGGGCGAGAAAGGAGGGCGAUUUAUGACGAUUUGAAGCACCUCCGUAAGGAAUUCAGAGAGCGCGAAUCUAAAUGCGUCGACAAUUUAGUACGGGAGAGCAGUGUUGUUUUGGCUACACUUCACGGUGCCGGUGGUCACCAACUGAAAAAUCAGAGAUUUGACGUUGUAAUUAUCGAUGAAGCCAGUCAAGCACUUGAAGCUCAAUGCUGGAUUUCGUUACUGGGAGCCGAUAAAGUGGUUCUUGCUGGUGACCAUUUACAACUACCACCCACUGUCAAGUCCACCAACCUGAAGACUAAAGAUUUGGGCAAAGGAAAAGAGACUGCAGAUUCAAAGAGUGGAAACUCCGAAGGCAAGGAAUUAUUAAAGGGCUUUUCGCUCGAGAGAACAUUAUUCGACCGUUUACUGGCCAUGCAUGGCGAUGGUAUCAAACGAAUGUUGACAACCCAAUACCGCAUGCAUGAUAAGAUUAUGCGAUUCCCCUCCGACGAGUUAUACGAGUCCAAACUGACGGCAGCCGAUUCUGUCAAAGACCGCCUCUUGGCUGAUCUACCCUAUGAAGUGGAAGGCACAGAUGACACCCAAGAACCCCUUGUGUUUUGGGAUACGCAAGGCGGCGACUUUCCCGAAAAGGCUGAAGACAAAGAGAUUGGUCAGAAGGAAGCCCUCCUAGGUGAAAGUAAAAGCAAUGAGAUGGAGGCGCUGGUAGUUGCCAAACACGUUGGCAAUUUAGUUGAGGCGGGUGUCAGACCUGACAGCAUCGCUGUCAUUACCCCCUACAACGGCCAGCUAGCUCUGCUGUCUCAGAUGCUUCGCGAAAAAUACCCUGGCUUAGAAUUGGGCAGUGUCGACGGAUUCCAAGGCCGCGAAAAAGAAGCCGUGGUUGUUAGUCUUGUUCGUAGCAAUGAGAAGCAUGAGGUCGGAUUCCUCGGAGAGAAACGACGUCUUAAUGUGGCUAUGACACGACCCAAACGACAUCUUUGCAUUUGUGGAGACUCGGAAACCAUCAGUCGUGGUAGUGCAUUUUUGAAACACUGGAUGGAUUAUUUGGAGGAAAAUGCCGAUCUACGAUAUCCCGAUGCCGGCGAUUUACUUUAA